UAGAGGCAUUGCAAUGUCAGUGUCGUUCAUCCAUUUAGUAAACACUGCUGUAGUGUACCAUCUGAUUGAUAGGCAAUCACACCCUUUUUAUACUAAUAUUUAUUUAACUUAAAUAAUAUCGUUAAAAAUUCCUAUUGCUUUUAGUUGAAAACCUGGCAGAAAUGCUCUGUCUGAUCUUUACCUUAACUAGGGUGCGUUUUCCAAAAGCAACUAUGUUCGCAAGUUUGAUACUAAGUUACCAAGAUCAGCGGAAUUUGAAACCAUAUCUGCUAACGGUGGGAGAUGCGCACCACUGGAUUGAACUGUAAACAAGAAGGUUUACGAGAAUCCGCAGAAACAUUACCCUUAAUGCGGAAGUAGGAAGUAAAUAAAUAAAAAAAACAUUUACACCUUCAAGACGAUCCUCGAUCUUUGUGUACUUCGUGUCUGUUCUGAUUUUGUGUUUGACGCCAUAAAUGAUUAUUGAACUUAAGUGUAGUAGUACGUUAGAUGUGCGGCGACUGAAGCAGCGCUGAAGUGAUCUUCACUGUCAAGCUGUUGAAUCUAUGCGGUCCACUGGAGCAUAUGCACCUGCCUUAAGAAAAGGUUAACGCAUUUUACUAUUUGACGGACCGAAAGUAAUACGUAGCAUGGAUGUUCUUCUGGCGGCAAUAGAGAUACUAACGAACCCAUCUGGACACGAAGAGCACUUGAUUAAGGUGAGCGAAGAGAAGCCAGAUCCAAGCCCACCUUCUUGUGGUCAACCCAGUGUGUUUGGCAUUUGUGUGGAGUUAAAAAAAGAUGCUGAUCUUAAGGAUGAGGAAGCCUCUGUCAUGUGUCCAGCCAAUCCGGAUUCAUUCCUCCAGGAUUCAAGAAUCAUGCUCACAGAUAGGGAAGAUGCUGGAGUUCCAAAACAAGAAACUGGUAAAAGAAAAAGGAGAAAAAGGAAAAAUACAGGAGUCCGCUCUAACAGAUCAGUUCACCAUUGCUUUAUAUGCGGACGAAACUUCAAAACAUCAGUUCACUUUAAAAGACAUAAACUAGUUCAUUCAGGAGAGAGGCCUCAUGGUUGCACUGAAUGUGGCAAGAGGUUCAUCACAUCUUUUGAACUAAAAGUGCAUCUGCGUGUUCAUUCAGGAGAAAAACCCUACCACUGUUCUGAAUGUGGCAAGAGCUUUGCUCAGUCGGGCUCCUUUUCUAAUCACCGCAGACUUCAUAAAGGUGAAAAACGCUACCACUGCCCUGAGUGUAACAAGGGUUUCCAGCAACUUAUAGAUCUACGAAUUCACCAAAGGAUUCAUACGGGAGAGAAGCCGUACCUGUGCUCACAAUGCUGGAAGGCCUUUACUACAUCCGGUGCGUUACGAGUUCACUUACGAACUCACACUGGUGAAAAACCUUACGAGUGCAAAGAAUGCGGGAAGACGUUCUGCCAGCUGGGCGGACUUAAAGUUCACAGGCGCGUUCAUUCAGGAGAAAGGCCUUACGCGUGCCCCGUGUGUGAGAAGCGCUUCAAGGGACAUGCCAAUUUGAUCGCACACAAGCGCAUUCACACAGGAGAAAAGCCUUAUUCAUGUACUGUGUGCAAAAAAACAUUCACUGACAGCAGGAGACUAAAAGAGCACCAACCACCUGAGUCAGAAAAGAGAGAGUUUAGUUGCGGCAUCUGUAGUGAAGUUUUCGGUGUGCUCUGUCUACUUAAAGAGCACCAGCAAUGUCACAAAGGAGAGAAGCAUUAUCAUUGUACUGAUUGCGGAAAGGCCUUUACUCAUAUGUAUUUACUGAGGAGUCACCAGCGCGCUCACUCGGAUGAGAAGCCCUAUUCUUGCACUGAAUGUGGAAAGUGCUUCCGCCGUUCAUAUGAGCUGAAAAUGCAUGUGAACACUCACAGUGAAACACGACCUCAUCCUUGCUCUGAGUGUGGAAAGAGCUUCCGCAGGACUGCGGAGCUUAGGAUACAUCAGAGAGUACAUACGGGAGAAAAGCCUUAUACCUGCUCCAUCUGCGGCACAGGCUUCAAACAGACAUCUCAAGUCAAAGUGCAUGAGCGCACUCACACAGGAGAAAGGCCGUUCCUCUGCCCGGAUUGUGGGAAGACCUUUAAAGACAAGAGAAGCCUGCUAACACACCAGAGAGUGAACCAUAAAUAAAGAAGCUCCUAAAUGAAACAUCCCUUUUUCAUGAUAAUUUUGUCAAAUCAAAAUAAGCUUUUAGAGAUAUUUAUUGAAAAGGGUUUUAACAAUAUUUUUCAUGCUUCUUUAAUUAACAAUGAACAAUUAUUGUGCAUGCACCUGUGGAACAGUUUACAGGCGGUAGACAAUUGAGGUCACUGUGACAAUAACUUCGCGCAGGUCCUCUGAUCUCCUGUGUGAACAUGCCAUAGUCCUGCUGAGGACUGCAGAUAUGGACAGAGCAAUAAACUGCAGUGUCUAAUGUAAGACGCCUAAGAAAAUGUAUUUUUUAUGUUCAUGCAAAUUUGUACACUUUAGGACAUUUGCUGGGGGAAAAGCAGUUAAAAUUGAGAUGGUGGUUCCUUUUUUUGAUGAGUUUAUAUAAUUUUCCAAUAUAUUAUUUGGUGUUGAAAUCACAUCGGUCAUAGUGGUGAAGUUUUAACAUGCUAAUUGCUGUAGGCAAUUACUCUGUUGGUUGUAAAUUCAAAUAACUUAUGAUUUUAUUCUUGCUUGUGUUUGGGGGUUAUGUUCUGGAAUAUGAAUAUCAUAUAUUAUUCAUUAUUUAAGGGUUAUUCAGCAAGAAAUACUCUGUCAGGCCUUUCCGUGGAUUUUCAGGGUUUUCAUACAGGUAGGAUUUGUUUGUAUUGUAUAUGAUAGGUGACAGUGAAGUAUUUGCAUUUAAUAUACAUGAAUGAUUUCUAUUUAUUUCACAUAUAGUACAUUUUCUUAUUGUAUAAUUAAAUCAAUGUGAAAAACUAUUUUAAGGCACAAUGUAAAGACCUUUAUUUUUAUUUUUAUGUAUUAAAUGAACAAUUAUAUCACAAACCUUUACACAAAUAAAUUCUCUCUCCUUUA